GAACCGCGGACGCGCGGACGCCCGGGCGCCGGCUGCGCGGGAAGCCGAGGACGCGGUUAAAAAAAAUGAAUGCUAUGGAUGACCUGGAUGAUGGAACUCAGUCAUCUGAAACAAACUUAGAGGAUUGUGAGUUGCAUUACCAUAAUUAUGAGACUAUUUUGCUGCUAAUUGAACAACACAGAAUGGAGUGUAAAGAUUCUGUUAGUCUGUUGAAAAUAUGGGAUGCAGUUCAUUCAUUUAAAAGAUUAAUAAAACUUAAAAAUAGUCACUGUAAACUACUUACAGGAAAAAUUUUGAAAGUUGAAAAUAAGGUCACUGGUUUGCAAAAGGAGCUCUCAGAAACAAAAGAAGUAAAAUCACACUUAGAGCAUGAAAAAUUAGAACAUGAUCAAGAGCUUUGCAAUCUGAGAUUUACCUUAAAACAAGAACAGGAGAAGAGAAUAAAUACUGAUUGGCUUUAUGAAAAAAUGAAGGGACAGUUAAGAGAAAAAGAAGAGCAAUAUAAUAAAGAAGUUGAAGUGAAACAACAGCUUAAAAUGUCUCUUAGAACAUUAGAUAUGGAGUUAAAGACAGUAAGAAAGAACUUGAAUCAGGUUUUAGAGGAACGAAAUGACAUCCAGAGGCAACUUUCUCAAAAAGAGAAUGCCAGAAUGUUACAAGAUGGGAUUCUUCGCAAUCAAAAGGAGAUAGAAAUAGUACAAGAGAAAAUGAGUUCUAAGUUGCAAGAAGCUCAGGAUCAACACACAAAGGCUGUACGAUGUGCUGAAAAGAUGAAAGAUCGCCUACAAACGCUUGAACUUAAAAAUUCCAAGUUAAAAGAUAUAAUAAAAAAGCAAGCAGAGAAAAAUGAACAGCUUCAGAAAAACCUGUUUAGUGCAAAUUUGGAGUUAUUAUCUAUGAAAUCUAUACAAAAAGAAUGUGAAAAACUGGAGAAGAAUAAAAAGAAAUUGGAACAAAAAGUAGUGAAACUCAAAAGUCACAUGGAAAAGAAUAUGAUAGAACAUGGUCAAAUAAAACAGUAUGAACAGGAGAUCAAAGAAAGAGCAAGACAAGAUUUAGAAGAAAAAUUAGAACAAGUCAAUCUAUUUUUACAGACACAAGUAGAAUCUCAACACUUACAGCAGAUAAGAGAAAAUAAUAGUGCUUCAAUAAAAGGCCAGAUGGAACUCAGAAUUAAACAUCUGGAAUCUGAACUGUUUAAAAUGAAAACUCAAGAAGAUUCUAAUAGAAAACAACUGGGAAUAUAUCAGGAAAUCUGUCUAGAAGGAUUCCAAAUUACAAAAUCAUUGUCAGAUGAACUAAACAAGACUAAUGAGAAGCUAAAGGAGGUCAAUACCAAACUUCUAAUAGAGAAACACUACAACAGAUCCUUACAAUAUAGCACUUUUAGUACAAGGCCUGUCCUUGAGUGUCCUUGUACUGGAAAUCAUGAUCAUUUUGUACUCGACAGAAGUUUUAUUACAAGAAGAAACUUAGAGAUUCCUACCUCAAACCCAUGGCCUUCAAAUGAAAGCAUUCAGAAUCCCAGGAUGUGGCAGGAAUUGCAAGAAAACAUAAAUAGAGGAGUAACAGAAGCUGCUGCUGAAGCUGAAUCUAGAUCCUUUAGAGCUUCUCCACUAGGAUGUACUAAUAAGUAAAGUCAAGAUCUACUCUCAGAAGCAUCAUAAGAGCUUGCAGAGAUUUUUAAAUAAAUAAUAUAUGCUCUGAAAGACAAAGUGUUAUUUAUUACAUUGUUUAAAUAACAUCUUAAUUGCUUCCCAAUAAACAUGAAAUAUGAAA